GGCUCGCAGGUCAUGGAGAAGGUUCUCAAGAUGGCUGAAGGGAUCGACAUCGGGGAAAUGCGGACGUACGAGUUGGUCCCUAGCAGGAAGCUAAAAAGACACCGUUCUCCGUCCGACAGUCCAGAGCCAGAAGAGAUUCCUGAGCCGCCCAAAAAGAUGGUCCCCAGAUUCCGGGUGCGACCGCGUUUUGAACCCAUACACUUUGUCACCAGUGCUGCGAAGGAUGACAAGAAGGAAGACUCUCUGGAUCACCAGACACAGGAGGUGAACCAGGAGGCAAAUACAAACAGCACAGUGCAGCCAGCUGAAAGCUGCACGAAUUCUUUUGCAAGCACGUGGGAGGUGGACCCCCAGCUCUCCAGCCCCGCUGGGUCUGGCCUUGCAGGCCAGGCUGCAGCGGCCAAGAAGGCUGUGAACAGCACGGACUCGACCACAAGCAGCAUGCUGCAGGUCUCUGUUUCUCCCGCAGCUGUCCAGUCUGCAUCAGAGACUUUCCCUCCGUCAGCUAUAAUGCUGAAGCAGAGUUUUAUUGAGAAACUGUCAGCAGCCGUCUGGAAAAAUCUUGCUAGCCCAGAUGCAAACAGUGGGACUGAUAAAAUUAACUAUACCUAUCUUUUGACGCGUUCGAUUCAGGCAUGCAAGACAAAUCCUGAAUAUAUUUAUGUUCCUCUGAAAGAAAUUGCCCCCGCUGACCUCCCCAAAAGCAAGAAGCUCCUGACAGAUGGCUUCGCUUGUGAAGUGCGAUGUCAGAACGUCUACCUGACCACUGGGUACGCCGGCAGCAAAAACGGCUCCAGGGAUCGUGCCGCGGAGCUGGCGGUGAAGCUGCUGAAGAAGCCUGUGGAAGUUCGAGUCAUUCAGCGGAAGUUCAAGCACACCUAUCACGAAGACCUGGUGGUGUGCGAGGCAGGCGUGAGCCACCCGGAUUUCCCUCCUGCUCUCAAGCCUCACGAGGAGUUUUUAGUUGCCAACAGGGACUGUGUCCCGAUGCAGCCUGGUACUGAAUCCGUGAAAGGUUCUGCUAACACCAACAAACACUGGACUAGUUUUGUCCUCACAGAGAAUGCCAGCGAUGCGAUAGGAAUACUUAACAAUUCUGCCUCGUAUAACAAAAUGUCUGUUGAGUACAAAUACGAGUUAAUGCCCAACCGCUCGUGGCGGUGUCAGGUGUAUCUGCAAGAUCACUGCCUGGCCGAGGGAUUUGGCACUAAGAAGACCAGCAAGCACGCAGCGGCCGAGGAGGCACUGAAAAUUCUGCAGAAGAUGCAGUCAAAUAUCACAGCCAUCAAAGUGACUCAGGUUCAGAAAGUGGGCUGCUCGUCGCGGGGCUCUGGCCGGAAGAAGGACCUGAAGGACCUCGUGGUCUACGAGAACUCCAGUAAUCCUGUGUGCACGCUGAACGACACCGCCCAGUUCAACAAGAUGACGGUGGAGUACGUCUUCGAAAGGAUGACCGGCAUGCGGUGGAAAUGCAAGGUGCUGCUUGAAGACGAAUUCAUCGCAGAAGCAGUUGGAGUGAAGAAAUCUGUCAAGCAUGAGGCAGCAGAGGAAGCUGUGAAAAUCCUCAAAAAGACUCAACCAACCGUUGUCAAUAACCUGAAGAAAGGCACCAUCGAAGACGUCAUCUCCAGAAAUGAGAUCCGGGGUCGAUCGGCAGAAGAGGCUUUCAAACAGAAGAUCAAAGAAGACAACAUUGGGAAUCAAAUUUUAAGAAAGAUGGGCUGGACAGGUGGGGGCCUAGGGAAAGACGGGGAAGGAAUCAGGGAGCCCAUUUCAGUGAAGGAGCAGUUUAAAAGGGAAGGACUUGGGCUUGAUGUAGAAAGGGUGAACAAAAUCGCUAAAAGAGACAUCGAGGAGAUCAUUCGAAACUAUGCACGCUCAGAAAGUCACAUUGACUUGACUUUCUCUAGAGAACUGACCAUGGAUGAGCGGAAGCAGAUCCAUCAGAUUGCCCAAAAGUACGGUCUAAAAAGUAAAUCUCACGGGCAGGGCCACAACAGAUACUUGGUGGUGAGCAGGAAGCGGCGCAAGGAGGAUCUGUUGGACCAGCUGAAGCAAGAGGGGCAGGUGGGGCACUACGAGCUCAUCAUGCCUCAAGCAAACUGA